CUCGCCGUCAACUCAGAGCGAGGCGUCUGCGUCGAGGACUCGAGUUGUCCAAAACAAGUCUGGCACCUUUCACCGCUCUGCACACGACCGAGGCCGUAUCUGCCCUGCGCGACCAUGUCCACCGUCGAUUUUGACACGGCGGUGAAGCAGGAGGAAGCGCACCUCCGCAAGGUGCACCCCACGCCGGACGACAUCCCGGGGUGCAUGACGCUCUUCGACGACUUUCUCUCCUGCAACAUCGUGGGCAAGCAGCUCACCUCGCUCUACCGCUACGGCCACAUGUCCGUCUGCGGGCCGAAGCUCGCGGAGUUCAAGUUCUGCAUGUCGCUGAAGGGCCUGCACCCCGAGGAGCGGCGCGACGCGUGGAUCCGGCGCCGCGCGGAGUGGUGGGCGCGCCGCCGGGUCGAGAAGAGCAGCGAGGACGUGUGGGACGUGCGGACGGAGCCGCUGAAGGACUUCCCGCCGGCGAGGCCGUACAUGCCCUCGGAGACCGGCUCUGCGCUCGAGUGAGGGAUGGCGUGCAGGGCUCUAUGCGGACCGCACGCGCGUUAGGCUCGACCGCAUUAUGAACAAGUGCGAUCAAGAUCGCAGUCAAUUUCGUCGCGUGGAUCAUGGGGAGCUCGUGCACCAAGUGCUCGAGUGCAGGCUAG